AUGAGUAACUUCAGCGCUGUCAGAGAAUUUGUACUCCUGGGAUUUUCUCAUCUCCAUGAAUUCCAGAUCCUCUUGUUUGCUUUCAUCCUAUUGAUAUACGUGCUGACAUUACUGGGGAACCUGACCAUUAUCAUCCUCACAUGCCUUGACUCCCGCCUCCACUCACCCAUGUACUUCUUCCUCUGCAACUUCUCCUUCAUGGAGGUGCUGGUCACCUCUACUGUGGUUCCUAGGAUGCUGGCAGACCUGCUGUCCACUCAUAAGACCAUGUCCCUGGCCGAAUGCCUGACCCAGUCUUUCUUUUACUUCUCCUUGGGCUCCACCAACUUCCUGAUCCUCACAGUCAUGGCCUUUGAUCGUUACGUGGCCAUCUGCCGCCCUCUGCACUACCCAACCAUCAUGAACAGUUCAGUCUGUGUGAAGCUGGUGGUGCUCUGUUGGGUGGUUGGGUUCCUCUCCAUCGUCUCCCCCACCCUGCAGAAAACACGGCUCUGGUUCUGCGGCCCUAAUGUCAUCGACCACUACUUCUGUGACUCUGCCCCACUUCUCAAGCUGUCCUGCUCUGACACUCGCCACAUCGAGUUCAUGGACUUCUUUCUGUCCUUGAUCUUUGUGCUGGCCACCAUGCUGCUUAUCGUGGUCUCCUAUGUCCUCAUUGUGGCUGCAGUGCUGCACAUUCCCUCGUCCUCUGGGCGCCAGAAGGCCUUCUCCACCUGUGCCUCCCACCUCACUGUGGUGGUUCUGGGCUAUGGCAGUGCCAUCUUUAUCUAUGUGAGACCAGGCAAGGGCCACUCCACACACCUCAACAAGGUGGUGGCCCUGAUGACUGCAGUGGUGACUCCUUUCCUCAAUCCCUUCAUCUUCACUUUCCGAAAUGAGAAGGUCAAGGAGGUCAUUGAAGAUAUGACCAAAAGGAUCCUCUUCAGAGACCCAGCAGCCCACAGAUAA